UUAAGGCUCUCCCGUUUGACACACCGAUUGUGAUAAAGAACGCUGAAGUGAAGCAGACACGCUUCGGCGCUAAAAUUAUGCUCACAUUUGAAGAUUUUGUGGUGUUCUUACCAGAACGCUUUAGUACUCUGUCAUCGCAAGCUGUGGAGCACAUGGCGACGGGGGGCUACAAGCUAGUCAAACUUAAAUCAGAAGGGGAUAAUUAUAUUUUAAAUUUUUGUAACGAAUAAGAAAAAAAUAAAAUAAACUUUUUUUAUGAAUAUUUAAAACAAAACAAAACAAAAACAAAAAUGGGUGAUGCUUUACAUAACAAUAACAAGCCUGGGCCUAGUAACACAAAUCCUGUCGCUAGUGAAAUACGAUAUUGUGAUGUCUGUAAUCUAAAUGUUGCUAAAAUUAGUUGGUCGCAUCACUUACGCACCAACUUGCAUAAACAAUUAUCUGGUGCGCAAAUAAGUGAUAACUUGCGGUGUAUAAGAAGUGCAUUUCGGAAUCGUAUUGAAACUUAUAUAAUCACAAAUCCAAAUAAAGAAUGCUUGGAUAUCAAUUUAUUUCAACAAUCAAUCAAAGAACAAGUGAUCACUCUACUCCAAGAAGCUCAAAAAAAACACGUCAAUAUCAAAUUUAAUUUUGAACAAUUCUGUAAUUAUGUUUUGAUUAAAGAGAGUGAAGAUCAUUGUGAAAUCAAUCUAAAGUCAUUUCAAACAAAAAUGCAAGUCUUAAAUCAAACAAUGAGUCAGACUGAAAAUCUAAAUGAAAUAAUCAAAAAUUUAAAUGACUAUAUAAAAAGUGAGAUGAGCGAGUUUCAAGAACGAGACAGUGGUUGGUCCCUAAUUGAAAUAGUUCAUUUAGAAGUUAAUAUAAAUAAAUAUCAGCUAAUAAAGGGCUCGAAUUUCAUUGGUUUACCAAGAGAAAUAGUAAACAGAAAAGCCUGCAUCAACGUGCAAAAUAGAGACGAAUAUUGUUUUAAAUGGGCAUUAAUAUCGGCUUUUGUGAAAUUACCUUGUAAUAAGAAUCUACCCAAUCAAUAUAAACGUAAAGGCAUUUACAACAUUGGAUCGGAUAUAAUAAAUAUAAAUAAUAAAUCAUUAAAUUUUAGUGGAUUAAAAUUCCCCACACCGGUCGACAGCAUAAAAAUAUUUGAAGAAAAUAAUCCUGAAAUUAGUAUAACUGUGUUGGGUGUAGACAGCGAUGAAAAGACAAUUAUCGGUCCAUAUUAUUUAACUAAUAAUAAAACUGACAACGUUUUACACACUAUAUAUCUACUACUUCUCGAGAAGGAUGACAAAUAUCACUAUGCUUGGAUUAAAAAUAUUUCCAAAUUACUUCGCAAACAAAUAACGAAAAGUACGAGGAAGAUUCAUCUAUGCAAUAGCUGUUUUCUAAAUUUCUACGAUAGCGACAAACUGGAACGACAUAUUAUGGAGUGUAAUAGAAUUAUAACUGAGAUGCCUAAUUUAAAAAAUCAAUUAGAUGUUCCUUUUGUAGCAUAUGCUGAUUUUGAGUGUAUUUUAGAAGGGAUGAAUCUGAAAACUUCGGAUAACAUAAAUUUGAUUCAAAAGCACAUACCGUAUGCAUAUAGUUAUUAUAUAAAGUGUUCAUUUGACAAUAGUUUGGAUAUAUAUCGAAUAUAUUAUGGUGAAGAUUGUGCAACACAUUUUGUUGAGAGCAUAUAUAAUGAUUGUUUAGUGUUAUAUCAAAAUCACUUAAAUGUAACGAUACCCUUAUAUCCGCUAUCAAUGGAGCAACAAAAAAUAAUUGACUUAGAACAAAAUUGUAGUAUAUGCGGUAAUAUAUUAACUGAACAAUCUAAAAGAGUUCUAGACCAUUGUCACUUAACAGGCAAAUAUAGAGGUGUAGCACAUAAUAAUUGCAAUUUAAACUAUAAAUUAGCUAAAUUUUUCCCAAUAUUUUUCCAUAAUCUCUCGGCAUACGAUGCUCAUUUAUUUGUAAAAGAAUUAAUUAAAAUUCCUGGUGAUAUUUCUAUAAUUCCGCUAAACAAAGAGUUUUAUAUUUCGAUCUCAAAGAAAAUUUAUAUAAAUCCCAAUGAAACGUUAGAACUUCGAUUUUUAGAUUCAUUUAGAUUUAUGCCUUCCAGUUUAGACAGCUUAGCCAGUUAUUUAAAAGAAGAAAAUCUAACCACAAUAAAGUCAUUUUUCACGGACCCGAACAAAUUUCAAAUGGUUAAACGUAAAGGCAUAUUUCCGUAUAGCUAUUUAAAUUCAGUUGAACGCUUGUCAGAUACACAAUUACCGUUGCGCGAAAAUUUUUAUAACCAAUUAACUGAUAGACACUGUUCUGAAGAGAGUUAUCAGCACGCUCAAAACGUUUGGAAUGCCUUCGAGUGCACAAAUUUAUUAGAUUAUUUAUUAUUAUAUUUUAAGGUAGAUGUGCUGUUGCUAUGUGAUGUUUUUGAGAAUUUUAGAACAGUAUGUAAAAAAAUCUAUAAUUUAGAUCCUUGUCAAUAUUAUACAACUCCUGGUCUAUCGUGGGAUGCUAUGUUGAAGACAACUAAAAUUGAAUUAGAACUACUCACAGAUAUUGAUAUGUAUAAUUUUAUAAUGAAAGGUAUUAGAGGUGGUCUUGUUCAAUGUAGUAAACGUCAUUCUAUUGCAAAUAACAAAUAUCUAAAUAACGAUUACGACUGUGAGAAAGAAUCAAAUUAUAUUGUAUACUUAGAUGUUAAUAAUUUAUAUGGGUAUGCUAUGUCACAAGCUAUUCCGUAUAAAAAUUUUAAAUGGCUAGAAGAAACAGAAGAGGGAAUUUUUGAAAAUUUUGAUUUAAACACGUGCGUAGAUGAUCAACCAAUUGGUUAUAUUUUAGAUGUCGAUUUGGAAUACACUGAAAACUUACACAGCCAGCACAAUGAUUUACCAUUUUGUUCGCAGAACAAAAAAAAUGAAAAUAUGCAACAAUCAAAAUUGAUUGCAGACUUGACAAACAAAUAUAAUUAUAUAAUUCACUAUAGAAAUUUGCAGCAAUGUCUUCGACAUGGACUGAUUUUAAAGAAAAUUCAUCGAAUAUUACAAUUUGAACAAUCUGAUUGGCUUAAAAAAUAUAUUGAUUGUAACAAUCAUCACAGAACAUUGGCUGUUAAUGAUUUUGAAAAGAAUUUUUUCAAACUGCUAAACAAUACAAUGGAGAAUGUCGACAAGAGAAAAUCAAUUAGAUUAGUGUCCAGGUGGGAGAGUGAUGGUAAAAAAUUGGGAGCUAGAGCACUUAUCUCAAAAUUUAAUUUUAAGAAUAUAUUGCAAUUGGCCGAUGAUUUCUUUGCAAUUCAAAUGAAAAAAGUGCAUGUUGUCUAUGAUAAGCCUGUCUACAUUGGCUUCACCGUUCUAGAAUUAUCAAAAUUUAAAAUGUACAAUUUUCACUAUGACUAUAUGAAGCCGAAAUAUCAAGAAAAUAUAAAUUUAGUGUAUAUGGAUACUGAUUCUUUUAUCUAUGAUAUUAAGACUAUAGAUUUUUAUGAUGACAUUCGUUUUGAAAUUGAUCAGCAUUUCGAUACUUCAGAAUAUGAUAAGGAUAAUGUUUUUAAAUUACCAUUGAUAAACAAAAAAAAAUUAGGUAUGAUGAAAGAUGAGUGCAGGGGGGAUAUAAUAAAAGAAUUUAUUGGACUCAGAGCUAAAAUGUAUUCAAUACAAGUCUCUAAUAUAAAUAAUGCUGAAACAACGGAGAUCAAAAAAAUUAAAGGAGUAAAGGCGAGUGUGACCUCAAAAUUAACUAUUAACGAUUUUCGAGAUUGCUUGUAUAAAAAAAAUAAGCAAGUUGGAACAAUGUACUUAUUUAAAUCGAAAUUACAUCAAAUUUAUACGCAAGAGUAUACAAAAGUCACCCUAAACUAUUUAGAUGAUAAGCGCUAUAUAAAAGAGAAUAAUAUAGACACACUUGCAUGGGGUCACAAAGAUAUAGCCUACUAAGUUAAGCUAAAAAU